GACAAAAUGAAGGUGAAAUCCAGAGAUGAGAGUUUCAAUACUUCUGGAGAAUGUGACGGAUCCAAUGACCUGCUCACUGGUAAUCCUCCCUCCGGCCAGAGGAAGAAGAACAUGAAACAGCGCUUUCUCAAACUCCUGCCCUGCUGUCAUGUGGACUCCACUCCUGCGGUCAGACAAAGCAAGUCACCGUCUGUCUAUAGUAUAGAGGAGGAUUUUGAGCUCGCUACUGUGUGCUACAGGCCGGACAGUCUGGAUAAACUGAUGGAGCUGACCAAGUUCACCAAAACAGAGCUACAAGUCCUGUACAGAAGUUUCAAAAAUGAUUGUCCCACUGGGGUAGUCAAUGAAGAAACCUUUAAAUUAAUCUACUCUCACUUUUUCCCUCAUGGAGAUUCUAGUGCGUAUGCACAUUUCCUGUUCGAGGCUUUCGACAGACGCAAGAAUGGAGCAGUGAAUUUUGAGGAUUUUGUGGUGGGCCUGUCAAUCAUCUUGCGUGGCACAGUCACCGACAGACUGUCCUGGGCCUUCAGUUUGUACGAUCUCAAUAAAGACGGCUGCAUUACUAAAGAGGAGAUGAAUGAUAUUAUGCAGUCCAUUUAUGAUAUGAUGGGGAAGAACACGUGUCCGUGCAUGAACGACAGCGCGCCUAGAGAACACGUGGAGAGCUUCUUUCAGAAAAUGGAUCGCAACAAUGACGGCGUGGUCACGAUGGAGGAGUUUCUGGAGUCCUGUCAAAAGGACGAGGCCAUCAUGGAGUCCAUGCAAAUGCUGGAUCAUGUCAUAUAACUCUGAAUAAUGAUCUAUCGGCAAAAAACAGGAUGAACAGCUUCGGUUUUGAUUGACUUUGUCCAUCUUAUGCCUACAAAACAAACUGAAAAUCAAAGUCAGUGAACUCUUGAACUGCAGAAUUGUGAGCAUGCCACGUCAUUUCAUAUUCCCCAGGGUGAAGGUAUUUCUGCUGUCAAAUGACUCAGCAAUUGUGUUUUUAAAUAUAAUGCAACCAUGAGAUAUUUUCAGCCAUUUCUAGGGUUUAUGAUGUUUUUCAUGAAUCAUACACUCACUAAAAACAAACUAAACAUUGGAUCACCUUGAAAACCUUGUUGCACCUAAAUGAAGCAAGUUAUUUCAACUUAAUUAAUGACUGAACACAGUGGUAAAUUAAGUUGAUUGAAUAUUGGUGUUUUUCUCAUUGCAAAAACAGAAUUUACUAUUGGUAAGUCUAAAUAUAACUCUGUAUCUGAAAUAAUGAACAGGAUU